AUACAAAUUCUUUCCGGGCAAGGUAAAAACAAAGAGAAAAAGCCCCUUUAUACAUACAAUACAUCCGAUAGAAAACAAAAUCAACGAACGAACGAACCCUAGGGUUUUCUCUUCCCAGUUUCCUUCGCCGAGUACCCAUUCAUUCAUUCAAUCACCAUGACAGGAAAAGCAAAGCCAAAGAAGCACACAGCGAAAGAAUUAGCUGCAAAGAUCGAUGCAGCAACGACUAACAGGGGCGGCGGUAAGGCUGGGUUAGCCGACAGGUCUGGUAUUGAAAAAGGUGGACAUGCCAAGCUUGAAUGUCCUCUUUGCAAAGUGACUGCACCUGAUGUCAAGUCUAUGAAGAUCCAUCAUGAUGCAAAACACCCAAAAGUUGCUUUUGAUGAAACAAAACUGAACAAUCUUCAUGCUACUGUUGUUGCUGAAUCAAGCAACAAGCCUAAACCUGGUAUUCGUGGGAGUCUUAAGAAGUGAGUUCAUUUUUAGGGAUGAUGAUAUAGUUUUCUGAUGGUGGGCAUCAUAUGAAUAAUAUCGAACCCACUUUUUAGUUUUCUUUUCUUUUGUUUCUGGGGAUGUAAUCUUUUAUCAUAUCUUUUUCUUCCAAGUUAAUGCUACUCUGGGGUUGUUAUUUUGGAUAUCAUAUAUAUUUUAUGUUUUGUUUUUAUGAAAAAGCAUGCUCAGCUUGAUCCUUAUGAUUGGAA